AAUAUAUAAAAAAUCUCUCUAUAUAUUCCAUUCUAUAUAUUCUAUAUAUUCCAUUCCAACAAGUCGGUUGCAAUGAACAAGCGUACCAAGGAAGUGGAUGAUGCGCUGAGGAAGAAGCUGGCCAAGCUGCGUUUCAAGCGUGUGGUGCGUGUCGCCUAUGCCAAUCAUCAGUGGGUGAAUGAGACGGACGAUCAAGGCAUCACCCUGAAUGUGAAGAAGAAUGUGGCGAUGCUGGUGCGCAAGAAGCACAAGACGGGCAUAUUGACAAUGGCGCAAAAAGGUCUCUUGGCCACUUUGCACUCCACUCGCUCUAUAGCAGAGCGCAAGAAACUUUGCACAAUCGUCGCUAGCCUAGGCUGUUUCACCCAAGUGCCACCGAAAAUUCGAGCACGUCUGGUGCCCUAUCUUCACUUUAUGGUCGUUAGUGCGGGUCGCACCUUAAUGAAAGAGGGCGAUAUGCCCACCUGUGUUUAUUUUGUUGUGAGCGGCGAGGUCGAGAUGUCAAGAAAAUUAAUGAAUAAGAUAUCACGCAAGGUGGAAUCGAAGCCUGAGGCAUUUUUCGGGCCAGGCGAUUGGAUUGGCGAGGUUGAGCUGCUUGAGGAGAAUUCACGAAUGAAUACAUAUAAGGCUACAACUAAUUGCGAAAUUCUGGCGUUGGACGAUUUCGAUUUCAGGGCUAUGCUCAUGCCAUAUGUGAAAAAAGUUUGGAUUGAGAAGAAGAGGGCGAUUGCCUCGCUAAGCUAUCUGAGAUACAUGAAUGAUUCACAGAUUGUGAGCGCCUGUAAGUUUGGCAUCCUAAGACAAUACGAUCCAUUAAGCACAAUCUAUCCGGAUAGUUCGGAUAAUAUACAACAUGUGUAUUUCGUGCUAAGCGGCGAAUGCGUUCUACUGCAAUGCUUGUAUAUGAGGGUUAGAUUUGAAAAAGGCGAAUUACAUUAUGACUUGUCGCCCGUGGCCGAGGACGCUUCCGAAAAUGAAGUAGAGGACGACAAGACAGAGCCGUUCGAUGUGCGGGAGCUGCUGCGCUCGAGCUCUUCACUGGAUGAAGCCGGCAAAAACAAAAAGAAGGCGAAGCGCAAGGCGGAGUUUGCCAAGAUCGAGGCGAACUGCAAGCUGUUGAACGAGAAGCCAACGGCUGUCGAGGAGCGCCCGAUGAUGCGCCAAUUCCGCCAUUCGCAUCAUCACAAGUCGAUAAUGGAUCAUCUGUGGGAUGACGAUUUUGAUUUUUCGGUUUGCGAGGACGAAGAGGAUUUGUGUUCGACGGACAGCGACUACUCGUUGAAACGGGACUCGAAUGUGGCAGACGGCAUGCGUCGAUCGAGUCGCCUGAGCAAGUCGAGCAAACAAAGCAGGCAAAGCAGGCAAAGCAAGCAAAGCAGGAAUAGCAAAGACAUGUCCGAAGAAUCGGUGGAAGAGGAGGAGUUGGCGAUAAUCACAGCCUCACCGUCGCGCACCAGCACGCCGACAAGCUCAUCGUAUCAAUCGAAGUGGGAUAAAGGCGAAGGUAAUUAUGUCACCCAUUUCGUGGACGUCGGCUCAAUGACAUUUGGCGGACUUUUUGGGGUGGGCGAGAAAGGCGAUCAUCGCGUUGUCAUGGCCCGCACCACUGUCCAAUGCCUGCUCAUACCACGCUACUGGCUGAUGGAGGAGGACCAAAACCCGGGACACAUGUGGCAGCGCAUGCGCUUCUAUCUAGAUCGCUGGAUACCGUCGAGGAAGACACUGUACGAGGACUUCAUCAAGACACGCAAAUGGGCCCAGUUCAAGGCCGACUGUGUCGAGGAGUUCACCAACUCGAUCACCAGUGACACUAAGGUGGAAGAUAUACCCAUCGUAAUUCGCAUAGUUGAAUUAAAGGAGCCUAAGACCGGAUCGACCACUCGCUAGAGUCUUUUUCCCACAGUAACAAAUUUUUACUUUGAUCCAUACUUUUCAUUCGAACGUGUGGACUUAAACCCAUUUCUAGACUACAAUCAAAAAAUCAACAAUGAUCCCAAUCGAGCUCAAUUGAUGAAACGAGAUAGAGUCUCAUUAAUACAAAUAUAAGGCUUUUUUUUAUUUUUACACUAUAUCUGGAUAACUGGACGCUAUCGAGGAGGAUUUCAUUAAGAUACAUAAAUGGGAGACUGUCUCCAGGAAUUCACUAUUCGACCGAUCACUAAAUUUUUGUUUUUCAUAGCAACAAAUUAAAAUAUUGGUUCACGCUAUUCAAUCCAAAGUGUGGACACAAACCGAUUUUUGGGCAACAAACAAAUAAUCGAAAAAACAUCCCAAUUGAGCUCAAUUGAUGAAAGGAAAUCAACAAAUAUCAGGUUUUACUACUUUUAUACAAAAUUCAAUUAGCUGGAGGUACAAUUUACGAUAUAUAAACCAAGCGGCAUUUACAAAAUUCCCAUUUAAAAUUUUUUGUGAAAUGACAAAAACCAAUUGAGUCAACGCGAAUAUCUCAAGGUAUCCAUUCAUUGUACAUAAUAAACGCAUUUACGAUAUAAA